AUUGCAUCAAGAAUGGCUGACAUUCCGUACUCUGGAACACAAAUGAACGUCAAUUCUGAGGAAAACACAGAGAAUGGUCUUAUCUCUGGAGGUGACAAUGGUCAUAGCUUUGGGAAAACAGUAGCAUUUGUUCCUUGUUCUUCUGGAGAAGAUGUGAAUCUUGGCGUUGAUGACAUUGUUCUUAAAGGUGAACCUUGUUCUAGUUCUUGGUCUCCUUAUGUGAAACAUGACACUACAAGUGGGGAAAAUUACGUUGAAGAUAAGAGCACUUCUUUGACCUUAUUUGAUCUUAAAGUUAAAGAGCAAGAACCUGUUGUAAAAGAGGAAUAUCUGCUGAUAAAAGAAGAAUCCUGUUUUGAGUGGUCGUGUGAUGUCAAGGCCGAGGGUAAUAAUUAUCUUGAAUCGGACAUUAAAAUUGGAUACUUUCAAAUAAAAAAAGAUGAGCCUAUGUGUUUGUUCAGGGAGGAAGAAGAGGUAAAACCUGUCAGAGAUACUAAUUUAGAUCUAGGCAAAAGUGAACCAGUAUUGGAAUAUUUUCCUGACUUUGGUGAUGGUGAAGUGAAACCAAAAUUAGAGGGUUUUGUCAAAGAGGAAGUGUCAGAAUGGGAGGGUCCAGACUUUGGAGAGAUAGGAAAGACAGAAGGACAAGUGGGAGAUGUGGAGGAGAUGAGUGCUGAGCCUAUAAUGUUUGUUGAGGAUCACAUCAGUCUGGCUGGAGGACUAAAACUGCAUGAUACUUCCGCUGAAAGGAGUUUGUGUGUAGAGCAGAGUUCCAACUCACACACUUAUGUUGUUACAUCCAUUUUCUCUGCUGAUCCAGCACUUUUGGAAUACGUCUCAAAAAAUUCUGGCUCUGUUGUCAGGAAUCAAGGUUCUGAUUUCAGCUUUUCUUGUACUGAGUCAAUGGCCAGUGCUAUCAAUUUGUCAGAGUCUUCUAGUAGGCCUACCACAAACCCAGAAGUGUAUAAGGAGGCUGACACGGGUCGCCCAGAUGGACCCAGACUUAGGACUACGAAAAUUUGGUACUCAAAAGAAAAUCCUUACAAGUGUAAAGUUUGUUGUCAAAGGUUUACAAAAAGCGAUAAGCUACGAAGACAUGAAAGAUCACACUCAGUUGGGGCAAAACCGUACAAGUGUGAAAUUUGUGGUGCAACAUUUACAGAGAGUGACAGAUUACAGAGACAUGAAAGAACACACACUGGAGAAAAAUCUUUCGAUUGCAAAGUUUGUAGUGCGACGUUUGCACAGAAGGGUGUCUUACAGAGGCACAUGACAAGACACACAGGAGAAAAGCCUUACAAAUGUGAAGUUUGUGGUGUAAUGUUUGCACGAGCCAGUGCCUUGAAGAGCCACAAAAGAACACACACAGGAGAAAAACUUUCCGAGUGUGAAGUUUAUAGGGAAAAGUUCACAAAAUGUAGUAGAUCUAACCAACUGAAAAGUAAAAGAACACACACAGGAGAGAAAACUCACAAGCGUGAAGUUUGUGGUGUAACGUUUACACGAGCCAGUGUCUUGAAGAGCCACAAAAGAACACACACAGGAGAAAAACUUAACGAGUGUGAAGUUUAUGGUGAAAAGUUCACAAAAAAUAGUAACCAACAGAAACGUAAUUUAAGAACACACACAGGAGAGAAACCUCACAAGUGUGAAGUUUGUGGUGUAGUGUUUUCACAAGUCAGUGUCUUGAAGAGUCACCAAAGGACACACACAGAAGUAGAAAAGCCUUACAAGUGUGACGUUUGUAGUAUGAUAUUUACACGAGCCAGUGUCUUGAAGAGUCACAAAAGAACACACACUGGAGAAAACUUAAUGAACAUGACGUUUGUGGUGAAAAGUUCAUAAAAAGUGGUAACAUACUGAAACUUAAAAAAAGAA